AUGUCGCUCGUGUCCGGCGAGAAGACGAACUUCCAGUACAUUCUGCGUUUGCUCAACACCAACGUCGAUGGCAAGCAGAAGAUCAUGUACGCCUUGACCCAGAUCAAGGGUGUUGGUCGUCGUUACUCCAACCUGGUCUGCAAGAAGGCCGAUGUCGAUCUCAGCAAGCGUGCUGGUGAGCUCACCACCGAAGAGCUGGAGCGUAUCGUCACCAUUCUCCAGACCCCCACCCAGUACAAGAUCCCUACCUGGUUCUUGAACAGACAGCGCGACAUCACCGACGGCAAGGACCACCAGGUGGUUUCCAACGGUCUUGACAGCAAGCUCCGUGAGGAUCUCGAGCGCCUCAAGAAGAUCCGCUCCCACCGCGGUCUCCGUCACUACUGGGGUCUCCGUGUCCGUGGUCAGCACACCAAGACCACUGGCCGUCGUGGACGCACCGUCGGUGUGUCCAAGAAGAAGGGCUAA